GAUGAGUUCGACCCGUAUUUUUUGAAGACGAGCGAGCUUUUCCCGCAUAUGGUCCAGCUGCUGGCGACCCUGAACGCGGCGACGGACGUCAGAGGGGUAGAGCAGCCGGGGACUCUGAAGGCAGCGCUCGAGCUGUUGCCGAACGUCGUGACGUACUGUCGGCCAGGCGAUGGUUCCGCGCGGACUUCCAUGCUGGCCGAUGCGAAGGCAUUGGUCGCCAUCGCUAAGACCAGCAUCCCAGAGAAGGGUUCAUUGUGGGCGACGAAAAUGGAUAAGAUCAAAGAGAAGGAGUCCGAGAUCAACCAGUUCAGCGCCAGGAAGGGCUUGGCGCAGCUCGCGGUGUCCCUCAACGACGAGAUCUUGAUGAACCUCGAUAAGGUCAAGGAGGUGCUCCCAGUGAUCGAGUCCGUGCUGGCCGCUGGCGGCAGGGGCGUGGGGGUCCACAGGGGUAGCGCUGCCACCAUCUUCAGGAAGGUCUACUCGGUGAUCUGCCAGUCUGUCCGUGCCCCGACGGAGGCUGCACCGUAUCUGCACACAUUGAUGACGCUUGCGGAGACAAAUUGGUUGGCUGGCGAAUCGGCGGUGAAUCUCGACAAGCAGCGCGCUCAGUGGGCGCAGUCUGGUAGCGACGACGCGGUGCGGCUGAUCAAGGAUGGUUUGGCAAACCUGGUGACAAGCAUCCGUUCUUCGGCCAUGGCGAUGCAGUCCACUGGCUUGGUGGCAGAGGUGAUCUGGGCGCAGUCGGACGUGGCGGCGGCGACCGAGGAGAUGAACUCAGCGGCCAAUGUGUGCAUGGCGAUCGUGGCCGAUGCCAUGGAGGCUGCGACGGCGGCGUUGAAGCCGUUCGCGGCGGGCACGGAGGCGUUCGACCAGCCUUGGGACCAGGGCCUGGGUGCGGACGCGGACAUGGACUCGGUUCUGGAGCGCGUGGAGGAGACGAUCUUGCAGAUCGACGGGGGCUCCUUCCAGAAGCGGAUCGACGCUGUCCUCGACGCGAAGAGGCGCGCCGUGGGGUGGGCGCAGGUCCUCGAGGCGCAGCAGGUUGAGGAGGCGACCAAGGAGGCGGUCGUCGCGAUGAGGGCGGCGAGCUCCGCCAAGUUCACGGCGCCGGUGGUGCACGCGUUCAACGCGCGCGCUGGCCAGGCGCCGAAGAUGCGCAGCAUAGUGAACGCGUGUCGCAAGGGGGCGGCGGAGGCCGACGCCGUCGGCGCCAUGCGCAAGGACGUGGCGGAGUGGGCCGCGAAGUUGGCUUCGCCCAAGGGUAGCGCCUAG